CACGCCGUACACGAAAAUAUUAUUAUAUUCAUCGUUUACGCACACACACGAUAUUUUCACCAUUUUGUCGUUUACUCGUUUUCGUCCGGUCUCGUCGUYACAUUAUUCUGUUUAUUUGUUUUUAUACGAAUUCCCAGUUUACCGUUUUGUUUGUUUCUAACCCCUCCGCGCGGCCCGUCGACGACGAUAAUAUUGUUACCGUUUGCGCACGCGCGUUGGCGCACAGUGAGUUUAACACCGCUCCGUACGCGACCGCCGUAAUAAUAUAUAGUUCGCCACAGCAACACACACUCACCUACUUGCGCUCCACGAACGUGCACCGCGAUUACCACAGCAUCCAUCGCCGAAUCGAGUUCCAUCAUCGAUAGCGCUUGACCGAGGAAUCCCGGCCGUUGUUUCCGACACGAUCCCGAACGGUGCCGAGUCGAUCGUUCCCGAAAAAUGGCGAAAACCUUCUCGUCCAUCAUCAAUCCCAACAAUAUAUUAAAAUUCCGUGAAGCAUUCUACAAUGAUGCCAAAAAUGUGUUGGCCCAAAAUGCMUGUUCUCGUGUCAGCCCAACAGAAGUGAGCACRUCAAGAAAUAGAGUACAGGAAUGUCAUCAUUAUUACACGCAYAAGAUUGAAUCUGAAGGCAAACCAGUAACUAACCAAAGAAGUUCAGGUCGCUGUUGGAUAUUUGCAUGUUUAAAUGUGAUCAGAGUUCCAUUCAUCAAACAAUUCAACUUAGAAGAAUUUGAGUUCAGCCAAGCUUAUAUUUUUUUUUGGGACAAGAUUGAAAGAAGCAAUUAUUUUUUAAAUGCAAUUGUGCAAACCGCUAAGCGUGGUGAAACUGUUGAUGAUAGAACUACUGCUUGUUUGCUCUCUAAACCUAUUGAAGAUGGAGGUCAGUGGGAUAUGUUGGUCAACAUCAUAACCAAGUAUGGAUUGAUGCCAAAGAAGAACUUCCCAGAGUCAUUUAGUUGCGAAACAAGCAAUACUAUUAAUGUUAUACUGAACAGCAAGCUUCGAGAAUAUGCCAUAAUUUUACACAAACUUGUCAGCGAUAACGCAACAGACAAUGAGAUUAAAACCAAAAUUGAAGAACAGAUGGAAGUUAUUUAUCGAAUUGUUGGUAUUUGCAUGGGUAUACCUCCAGCUACAUUUGAAUGGCAAUACUAUGACAAAUCUAAAGUGUUCAACACUGUUGGACCUAUCACUCCGUUGGAUUUCUAUUUGACACAUGUCCGCCCUGUGUUUGAUGUUGUAGAAAAGGUGUGUUUGAUCUCGGAUCCACGGCCAAACAACCAGUACGGUAAAUUAUACACAUUGGACAUGUUAAAUAACAUGGCUGGUGGACGUAAAGUUCUCUAUAACAACCAGCCAAUUGAAGUAUUAAUCAAGGCAGCUCAAGAUUCCAUUGUAAAUAAUGGUGAACCAGUAUGGUAUGGAUGUCAAGUAAGCAAAAGAUUUUCUGAUAAGCUUGGAUUGGAAGAUUUGAAAAUUCAUGAUUACCAGCUAGUAUUUGGAACUGAUGUAUCUAUUCCGAUGACUAAAGCUCAACGUAUGUUAUAUGGUGAAUCUGCUAUGACACACGCAAUGGUCCUAACUGGAGUUAAUGUAGAUAAUGGUAAUGCAACCAAGUGGCGUGUCGAAAACUCUUGGGGUGAAGAACGCGGUGACAAGGGUUACUUGAUGAUGACCACAGAUUGGUUUAAAGAAUACGUAUUUGAAGUGGUUGUUGACAAGAGUCUGUUAUCCGAAGAGGUGUUGUCUGUGUUCCAACAAGAACCUCAAGUACUCCCCAUUUGGGAUCCAAUGGGAACAUUAGCCUAAUUAUUACUGAAUUAUUAUUUUGAUUUUUUUUUUUUUCCAUAUUCAUUUUGUAUGAAUAUUAUAUAAUAUGCAAUUAUUACAUAAAAUGUAUAGUUUGAAAAUGUUUUAUACUCUAUUUGUUUGUAUAGGACAUUUCCAAACUCUUAUUGUAUGCUAUAUAAUAUCGUAAUCUAAAAUCAUAUGUGUGCUAUUUGAAUUAAAUUACACACUUAUAUAUUUUAUA